AUGGAGAAGACUUUGAUAGAGCCAAUAGGAGUGAGAGUUCAAGCAGGGAUCAAAGCCAACCCACAAGACCAAGUUUACCCUAGUUCUCAAGCUCCACAGAAUUUUGUUCCCAAUAACAACUUCCAAGGGUCCUUUCAACCAAAGAAUCAGUUUGUUCAGAAUCAGGGUUACAGUCAGCAUCAGCAGCAACCAGUGCAGGGUUCUAGUUUCAGUUCACAGCAGCAGCCAAAAGCACCACCAGGGUUUGGACAAACACAGUUUCAGCAUCAGUUUCAGUCAGCACCGGUUAACCAGCAGCAUCAGAUGGGGCCAGAUAUGGUUGGGAUUCUACAACAGCUGCUUCAGGGUCAACAAAUGUUUGCAAGUCAGUAUGCAUCUAUGCAGCAGCACAUAAUGGAGCUGAAACAGAAUCAGGCAUCCACUUCAAGAAGCCAAGGUGGCUUACCUGGUAAGCCUGAACCAAACCCAAAGGAGUAUGCUAAAGCCAUUACAUUGAGAAGUGACAAAGAGCUACCAGGUAUAGAGCACAACAAUGUGAUCAUUGAGGACAAUGAUCAAAUUAGUGGGGAGGCAGCCCCAAGGGAUGACCAAGAAGCUGAAAGAUCAAAGAAAGGGAAGGAAAAAGAGGUGGAAAAGCCAUCAGAACCAGAAAAGCCUUAUGUUCCACCACCUCCCUAUCAACCUAAGCUCCUAUAUCCAAGAAGAUUCAAGAAGCAGAUUGUAGAUAAAGCAAAUGCACUCUUUGAGAAGACUCUUAAUGAGACACCUCUUACAAUGCCUCUCAUUGAAGCAUUUCUAAUGAUGCCAAAGCUGGGUAAGUUCUUAAAAGAAGUUAUCCUGAACAAGACUAAAGAGCUUCAAGGUAUGGUGGUAUUGAGUCAUGAGUGCAGUGCCAUUAUUCAGAGAAAGUCAAUUCCAAGGAAGUUAACUGAUCCUGGGAGCUUCACUCUCUCUUGUGCUAUAGGACCUUUGAUGUUUGCUGGAUGUCUUUGUGACUUGGGUGCAUCAGUCAGCUUAAUGCUAUUCUCUGCAAGAAAACUGGGGUAUAGAACCUUCAAACCAGCAAAGAUUUCACUUGUUCUUGCUGAUAGAUCUGUGAGGUUGCCUAUUGGGAUGCUAGAAGAUCUACCAGUGAAAAUAGGAGGUUUCGAAGUGCCUACUGACUUUAUGGUUCUAGAAAUGGUUGAGGAACCAGUUGACCCUCUUAUUUUGGGCAAGCCAUUCUUAGCCACAGCAGGAGGAAUCAUUGAUGUAAGAAAAGGCAUAAUUGAGCUGCAACUUGGUUCUGAAAGGCUGAAGUUUGAUGUUAAUGAAAUGAUGAAGAAGCCAACAAUAGAAGGGCAGGUUUUCUAUGUUGAGACCAUGGAUGAGCUUGCUGAUGAGCUCCUAGAAGAGUUAAACACAGAAGAUUAUCUUCAGAUAGCUUUAACAAAGGAGCAUGGAGAUCAUGGCUAUCUUGAGGAUUAA